AGGGCGGGCGCCCGCACCGGGGGCCGGCCUGGGGGGCUGCGCCGCUCGCCCCGCUCGCAGCCGCGGCCCCACGCGGCCCCGCUACCCGGGUUUCCUCCGCCCGCGCCCCCGCGGCCGCCCCUCCCCCGCGCAGCUUUUAUUUCCCCGAUGCCGGGCUGUAACCCGAGCUUUUAUUUCCUGGUGGCUCCUUUAAGAGGCAGAGCUCAGUGCUGGGAAUUCACGUCAGUUUCUGCACUGAAACUCUCAAGAUCAAUGAGCAAAGAGCUUUCUCAGUUCUGCCUUUCAGUUUCUCUCUUCCAGGAAGGAAAACAUUCGAGAGAGCGAGGGAGAGCCGCGGGAGGGCGGGGGGCGGGGGCGCCGGCUGCGGGUGGGAGGAGAGACCGGGAGGCUGGCCGGGCUGCGUCCCGGGUCCCCGCGCCGCGCCGCGACCUGCAGACCCCGCCGCCGCGCUCGGGCCCGGCUCCCACGCCCCCGCCGCCCCGCGCGCCCAACUCCGCCGGCCGCCCCGCCCCGCCCCGCGCGCUCGAGACCCCCGGGGCGGCUGCCGGGAGAGAUGCUGGAAGAAACUUCUUAAAUGAUCGCGUCUGGCUGGCCGUGGAGCCUUUCUGGGUUGGGGAGAGGAAAGGAAAGUGGAAAAAACCUGAGAACUUCCUGAUCUCUCUCGCUGUGAGACAUGUCUGAGACUCCUGCUCAGUGUAGCAUUAAGGAACGAAUUUCAUAUACACCUCCAGAGAGCCCAGUGCCGAGUUACGCUUCCUCGACGCCACUUCAUGUUCCAGUGCCUCGAGCGCUCAGGAUGGAGGAAGACUCGAUCCGCCUGCCUGCGCACCUGCGCUUGCAGCCAAUUUACUGGAGCAGGGAUGACGUAGCCCAGUGGCUCAAGUGGGCUGAAAAUGAGUUUUCUUUAAGGCCAAUUGACAGCAACACGUUUGAAAUGAAUGGCAAAGCUCUCCUGCUGCUGACCAAAGAGGACUUUCGCUAUCGAUCUCCUCAUUCAGGUGAUGUGCUCUAUGAACUCCUUCAGCAUAUUCUGAAGCAGAGGAAACCUCGGAUUCUUUUUUCACCAUUCUUCCACCCUGGAAACUCUAUACACACACAGCCGGAGGUCAUACUGCAUCAGAACCAUGAAGAAGAUAACUGUGUCCAGAGGACCCCCAGGCCAUCCGUGGAUAAUGUGCACCAUAACCCUCCCACCAUUGAACUGUUGCACCGCUCCAGGUCACCUAUCACAACAAAUCACCGGCCUUCUCCUGACCCUGAGCAGCGGCCCCUCCGGUCCCCCCUGGACAACAUGAUCCGCCGCCUCUCCCCAGCUGAGAGAGCUCAGGGACCCAGGCCGCACCAGGAGAACAACCACCAGGAGUCCUACCCUCUGUCAGUGUCUCCCAUGGAGAAUAAUCACUGCCCAGCGUCCUCCGAGUCCCACCCGAAGCCAUCCAGCCCCCGGCAGGAGAGCACACGCGUGAUCCAGCUGAUGCCCAGCCCCAUCAUGCACCCUCUGAUCCUGAACCCCCGGCACUCCAUGGAUUUCAAACAAUCCAGGCUCUCCGAGGACGGGCUGCAUAGGGAAGGGAAGCCCAUCAACCUGUCUCAUCGGGAAGACCUGGCUUACAUGAACCACAUCAUGGUCUCUGUCUCCCCCCCUGAAGAGCACGCCAUGCCCAUCGGGAGAAUAGCAGACUGUAGACUGCUUUGGGAUUACGUCUAUCAGUUGCUUUCUGACAGCCGGUACGAAAACUUCAUCCGAUGGGAGGACAAAGAAUCCAAAAUAUUCCGGAUAGUGGAUCCCAACGGACUGGCUCGACUGUGGGGAAACCAUAAGAACAGAACAAACAUGACCUAUGAGAAAAUGUCCAGAGCCCUGCGCCACUACUACAAACUAAACAUUAUCAGGAAGGAGCCAGGACAAAGGCUUUUGUUCAGGUUUAUGAAAACCCCAGAUGAAAUCAUGAGUGGCCGAACAGACCGUCUGGAGCACCUAGAGUCCCAGGAGCUGGAUGAACAAAUAUACCAAGAAGAUGAAUGCUGAAGGAACCAACAGUCCACCUCAGCGGGCCAGCAGCCCAGGGAACCCCUGCCCACCAGGAUUGCUGGAAGUGUGACGGAGCAGGCGGGCUGAGGAGAGUGGAAAAGGAAGCGACCCAGAAAUGGCAGGGACACUUCUCUUGCAGACCAAGAGGGACCCUGGAGCACCUUAGACAAACUACCCAGCACAGGCGGGGCUGGAAUUCUGGCGGAGGGCAUGAGCCUGGGACUCCAUGUCACGUUUCCUUCUGAUUUGGAAUCUCUCCAUCUGUAAUUCCUCACCCUCACCCUUCCACUGUUGUUAGUUUCAUGGUGUUUUUGUUUUUGUUUUAAGAACCUGCAGUUUGACUCUUCAUCGUUCAUCUAGGGGAAGACAUCUGAUGUUGUUUUCCUAUGGAAAUAUAUAUCUAUUAUAUAUAUAUUUUUUGCAAAUCUCACAAAGUGCGGCAAGCCCAGCUGGUCAGGAAAGAGAAUACUUGCAGAGGGGUUCAGGUUCCUCUUUUUCCUGCCACGUGGAUCAGGUUUGUUCCUGUUACUGUUGGGUCUUGGCUGAAAAAAAAAAAAAUGCUUUUAAAAAAGAUAAAAUGAAAAGGAGAGCUCUCUUUUUCUCUCUCUUGCUCUGUUCUUCCCUUGGUCCCCUCUGUCCUCCCGCCCUGCCUGCAAUUGAGAUUCAGAUGCCUUCUGACAGAGUUCAGCCUCUUGGAGAGUCUUGGGGAUUGUUGGCACCUAAACAGAAUCAGUGACCCGGGUGCUUUGUGGCCAGCAGCACAGAAUCAAACCCACAUCCCAGCAUUGGGCCACCCAUCUGAGGGAGGCCAAAAUCAUCACAGAUGCUGCUGUGCUGCAGACAGAUACAUGCUAGUCCAGAGAGCCGCCCCUGAGAUGGCUGUGAGAACCAUGUGUCUAAGGCGUAAGAUAAGGAUGGAAGGCUGUCCAAGUUAUUUGGAAGGCCUCGGCAGCUUGGGAUUAGCUUGGGAGCGCUGCAAAGUGGAAAAUAUGAAAAGACCACACAGGCCCAGCAGUCCAGAAACUGGGCAAAAAUAUUCUGCAGUGGGGAUUUAUUUUUCCAAAGCAGGUAACAGAGGCUAGUGAGAAAGAAAAGCUCCUCUCUGCUCCAUUCCAAAGGCCAUCUUGUGGUCAGUUUCAUGCCCUCACCUGAUUUUUUUUUUUUUUUCAAUUCCUAACCUUUUUUAAAGUUUCCUGGUCUCCACUGGACACAGAGCUUUGGAGACGGAGGAUCCCAGAGGGCAGUCUCAGUUGCAAUCAGUGUUUGCCCAGCCUGGGCAGACAGGAAAUUCCUCGGAUACAUUAUUUUUUCUUCCUUUCAUAGCUGUGUCUCAGAAAGGACCCAUUUGUGGCUCUUUUUCACCUCAAAAUAAGAUCGAUGGUAUCUUGUAAAAUGAGGGUAGUGCCACUUCUUAGUAUUUUUGAAAGCUGUUUUAGAUUGUUUUUUUUCUUCCUUUUCUAGCCAUCUAAAUUGACUCUUCCAAUAUAGGUCUCAGAAAUCCAAUAUUUGGAGUACAAUUUCUUUUAAUCCAGAUUACACCUGCCUUACAAAGCACCCCCUCCUUGUUCCCCUCUGUUUCCUCUACUCAGUUGGGGGAGAAACUCACAGCUCCUCCGGGAUACAUAUGUGCCCUCAGCAGCAGCUUCCAGGUGAAGUUACCAGACCCCUGGGCUUCUCCCCAGCCUUUUCUGAGUUGAGUCAGACAUGUAGAGUUUGGGUCACACAGGCAAGAGGAAUUUUCCCUCGGCCUUACUGACAAGGACACCAACCUAGGGUGCAAACAGAUGGACUAUGGUUCAAGGACACUGGAAUUGAGGAGCUGAUCAAGGCUCUCUUCAGCCUUGCUCUGUCCCUGCCUCUUAUCAGAGCACAGGUAGACACACGGGCAUAGCCAGCCCACUCCUGCUGUCACAGGCGCCCCACCAUUCAACCUUCCGGGAGGUCAGGGACCUUCUAUAUGAGGCGAGUGGGUCUCAGUCUGCUUGAAUGGUGAUGAGAUUCUGCUGGAUCUCAGCACGCUGCAGGUGUCUUUUGAGAGCAUUCAGUAGGACAUGGUGAUCCCUAUUUCAGCCUCUAAGAUGACUGGUAUUCUAUCUGAAAUGCAGAGAUUAAGCCAAGUACCUGAUGUAUUGUGAAAGCCACUGAUUUUAAGAAUGGAGAGAAAGGGAUUUUUACUGCAUCCCUCUGUAUGAAUAUGAAAUCAGAGACCAGAGCAUGAUGUUGCUAGGAUUAGAGCCUCUCAGUCUGGCCUCUUCACCCAAGUGCAAGAACUCAGUCUCUUACUGUUCAAAGAAUCUUAACAAACAGUUGAAUUAUGGAGGGAAAUUCCCUUUUGCCCCAAGCAUUUCUAUAUUUAAAGCAAUAUCCCAGGAGAAUAUGUUAGACUUAGGAUGAUACCUUCAGCCACUUGAAGAAGAAAUAGAAGGCACUCAUUCCAAUAUAGUCUUUAUUUCCCAUUCAGAUACAGGUUGAGCAUCCCUAAUCUGAACAGUUAAAACCCCCAAAUGCCCCAAAAUCCAAAACUUCCUGAACGCUAUGACACCAUGAGUGGAAAAUUCCACACCUAACACCUUUGCUUUCUUAUGGUUCAAUGUACACAAACUGUUUUAUAUAGAAAAUGAUUUCAAAUAUAAAAUUACCUUCAGGCUAUGUGUAUAAAGUAUAUAUGAGCCAUAAAUGAAUUUUGUGUUUAGACUUUGUGUCCAUCCCCAAGAUCUCUCAUUAUAUACAUAUAUAUAUGUGUGUGUGUGUGUGUAUAUAUAUAUAUAUAUAUAUAUAUACACACAAAUAUUCCAGGAUACAAAAAAAAAACAUUUAAAAAUCCGAGACCCAGAACACUUCUGUCCCAAGCAUUUCAGAUAAGGGAUAUCAAUCUGUACUACCAAUAAGGAUUUUGUAAUUCCCCUAACUGCAAAUGUCCUCUUCAUUUGUUCUUUAUGAGAAAACCCGGGUAGUGCCAGCACCUGGAUACAGUAUUUACACCCUGCAGACCCUAAAGAUUUCAGAUUCAGUUAGCAAACCUUGAUGAAGCACCUGCUGGACACUGUGAGGGACCCAAAGCUCAAUCAGCCAUAAUCCCUGCUUUCAGAGUUUAUAUUGUACCUGCCUAAUCCACCCGGCGUGACUCAUUUCAACACUAAGUACUAGGGGUGUUGUCAGGAGACAAAUCUGAAGUCAGGAGAGGAAAAUGCAAAGGAGCCCUGCCGUGUGAUGGAUGUGCACUCUCACUUGGGUCUUGAAGUUCUCAUUCCUACAUCUCAAGCUAGCCAGGCAGUCUCCUCUGUAGCAGAAGAAACCACUGGUAAUUGGCUAGACUGGCUAUGUUGAAAACAUGAACUCUAAGAUCUUGACCCAGGGCAACUUGGUCUUGCUUAAGGUGGCAUCACCAAUGUUCCAAAUCCUUUGGGGAGAUGAGGGCGUCCCCACAGAAAAAGAGGAAUAAUAGACCAAUGGAUUUUCUCCUUUCAACAGUAUGUUUGGAACCCUCUGAUCCAAUGUCUUUUGAUACUGAUCUCCUGUCCAAAUGAGAAUGUCGCUUUAGCUGAAAUUCAAAUGGCUAUGACAAUUUACCGAAAUGAUGAAGUAACCACCAUUCCCACCUUUCACUGCCUAGUCUCCAAGUCUGAAUAUUUUUGAAAUAGGAACUCCCUUUUGCAAAAAAGAAACCUGGGUGUCAGGGAGGUGAAGUGACUUGCCCUAGGAGCAGACAGCAUGCCAAGAAUGGAAUUAGGCUCAGGAUCCAGCCUGGGCUCACCCUGUCUGGCUCAUUCCCACCCAGGAAACUGAAGAUAAAAGAUUUGGGAAAACACACCAAGAAAAAGGGGCAGUUUUCUUUGCCCAAGCAUUUGGUGCUAGUUAGAGGCUGUUCACUCUCUCCUGCUCCUCUUCGGAGUAGAAAUAAAGGCUGUGACGCAAGGAAGCCAGUGGGGUGGGAGGGAGGCACGAUAAUCCCUGCCUAAAACCCACAGAAGACUAACCUGAUACUCUUUUGACCCAACUGCAUCAACACUAAACAGCUGCAGACCCCCUGAAUCUUUCACACAUGCCAAGUGAACAUUCUUGAUGAUUUCUCUUUGUGACUGCAACCACCUGCAAACCAGAACGAAUCUAGAAUUUCCUUCCCCCCCCCCCUUUUUGUUUAGUUUCUAAUCUCUUGUUUAUGAGGUGUGGGGUUUAUAAGGGACUGAAUCAAAUGAAUGUAACAAAAAAGAAAAAAAAAACAAAAAAAUGCCUUUUCUCAGGGCCAGUGAGUUGCAAAUAAUUUUUAAAGAAAAGCCUAUAAUUACAUCAUCUCAAUAAAUUUUUUAUAAAAAAAAAA